UUGUGUUUUGACGCACCGGAACCCUGCAGGUGACGUGGAAUAUGGGGACAAAAACGAUAAAUCCCUGCGUAUUAAGACGGUGUCAGAUCUAUUCUAGCUACAGUCGAAUCGGCUAAUGAUUUUUCUCAGUUAGUCGAAAGUCACUAAAUACCAUCCGGGCUGACGAAACAAGCUUGAUUGUUAAAGUUGCCAGAAGGAGUCAGGAUUGGCGUAAGUUACCGAAGGAUUACCAUAUUGUAGCAGACAGACAGUACUCUUAUGAGAACUCUCUGAGUAUCCUGUGAUCUCCAGUCAUGGCUAGUCCACAUGAUUUAACGUUUCAGGAGUUUGAGGAAGCCGCAGAUCUCCUGUCUUCAGAUCCUGGAGCCUCAACCCUCAGCAUCUCCGGCCCCGGCCCCGGAGCAGCAGCCUCCUCUGCAGAUGUCAGAGUGGAUCUGUCAGAAGAUGAAGACAGUCGGCAAGAGAGUUCAGAGCUGCUUGGAGGUGAAAAACAAACUGGUGGUUUUUGGACAUUUGAAUACUAUCAGUCAUUCUUCAAUGUAGAUACGAUGCAGGUGCUGGAUAGGAUAAAGGGCUCAGUCAUACCUUUGCCAGGACGGAAUUUCGUUAAACACCACAUUCGAAAUAACCCUGAUCUCUAUGGUCCUUUCUGGAUCUGUGUGACUCUAGUGUUCUCAGUGGCCAUCAGUGGAGACCUCUACACAUUUCUGAUCAGAAUGGGAGACCCAGGGUAUCACUACAGACCUCAGUUCAACAGAGUCUCGAUUGCAGCCGUCACUGUGUUCCUCUAUGCAUGGCUGGUGCCUCUAGGAGUUUGGGGCUUCCUGACGUGGCGUCAAAGUGUUGAGAGACACAUCAGCGGUUACACGUUUUUAGAGACCGUGUGUGUCUACGGUUACUCUCUGUUCAUUUAUAUCCCUGCCUCGAUAUUAUGGAUGAUUCCCGUUUACUGGCUCGAGUGGCUAUUGAUUGUCGUUGCCAUGGUGAUCUCUGGCUCAGUGUUGGUAAUGACAUUCUGGCCGGCUAUUCGUGAUGACACAAAGCUAACGGCUUUCGCUACCAUGGCAGUGAUAGUGUCACUUCAUGCCCUUCUGGCUGUUGGCUUUAAGCUCUACUUCUUCCAAACGCCUACAUACACAGGAUCAUCACACUCCGGACAACAGACUACCCCAGCCGCAAAUCAUACAACACUCACCGUGGGAAAGCAUCAAUGACCAACUGAAUGGGAACCUAGAGUCUUUAUAUUCGAGGGACAUGGAAAAUGUGUAAUAAUUAUGAUAAACGAGCAAUGGAGGAGUUCAGAUUAGGGAUGCACACAAGCAUUCCCAGCAAACACACUGAAAGUGUUUCCAGUUUACAAAUAACUUCCAUCAGAUCACAACGAUUUUAUUUCGUACCAUUUUUCUUUAAUACGUAAAGUGACCUACUUGUUAUUAUUUUCCUCAAGUGUUAUGGUCACUUGUGUCCAUUUAUUAACUAUAAUUUAAGAGGAUUUGCCCAUUUUUGUUUCUUUCGAUCAAAAUAGAGUAAUUUAUACGAGUGGUCUUGUAUUACUGUGAACUGCUUUGAGGUUUGCCUUAUAACCCCUGACUGCUUUUCCUUUCCUUUUAGGCUACUUUCUCUCUAUAUUCUGUAAAUUGAGAGGAAGUACCUGUAUUAAGUAUUUAAUGUUGCUUUCCUGGACAGUUUGACACUGUGGAUUAAAAUCAUUCUUGUCAGGGUCAAA